AAUACGUUUAUAGAGAAUUGCGUAAUCAAAAACUAAGAGGGAGUUGUUAUUUCUUAUAAAGUCAAUACAAAAUUCUCAUUCUUCUCUUUGGGUGAAGAUGAUAUCAUGGAGAUCUUAUGGAAGAGCCGCCAAGUUGUGCGAACCAGCCAGACACAGAGACCCUCUCCACCUCCCAUUCUCCGCGGCAGCGGAAGCGGAAGUGGAAGCGGGGGCGGAGAAGAAAAUGCUCUGCUUCCCCUGCCUCUUCCCCAGCCUCCGCCUCCACUUCCCCUGCAUCCGUCUCAUCAGGAAGAAGAAAUGGUGUCUUGGCUUCACCAUCAUCUCCGCCAGGAUUAUGUCUGCUCCAAAAUUAUCUACUCCAUUCCCGCUACUAACCCGCAAAGUUCCUUCUCCCUGGAACCACCACCACUACCCCCCAGUGCUCCCUAUAUUCUGCCGGCGGCGAGACCCACAGGUCAGCUUCGUGGCGUACAGGGAACUGAAGAAGCUCGUGGUUCAACGUCUAGGAAGAGGUCACGAGCUGCAGAAAUGCAUAACCUCGCCGAAAGGAGAAGGAGAGAAAAGAUCAACGAGAAGAUGAAGACUCUGCAAGAACUCAUUCCUCACUGCAACAAGUCUACUAAAGUUUCAACUCUGGAUGCUGCUAUCGAGUACGUCAAAUCGCUACAGAGCCAAAUACAACGUCUCCGCAGGUUUUGGUUCCUAAACAGUUUAUGUUUGAUAUCCGCAGAUUCAUCUCCUUUGAUGGGUUAUAAAGUUUCUUGGGAGAUAGAUGCAAAUCUUAUAAGUCUCUACUUCGAAACGCUGGUACCUCGUUUAGAUGGAUGGCCUAAUAGCUGGUUCCUCUUAUUAUGCCCUGUUAUUGAGAUGAUCUCGAUGGGACAAGGUAUGAUGCCUUCGAUGAUGAAUGAGGGGAAUAUGCAAGAGUUCAUGCCCCACAUGGCCAUGAAGAUGAUGGGUAGCCCGGCUCAAAUAGCGGGUGUAGGUCCAUCUCCAGCAUAUCCAGCACCGCGCUACCCUUUUCCCAACAUUCAGACCUUUGACCCAUCCAGAGUCCGUUUACCAAGUCCGGUGGUUAACCAGCCUCAGUUUCCGGCUUACAUGAAUCCCUAUAGCCAGUUUGUUGGUCACCACCAGAUGCAGCAACCUCCUCCUCCAUUGCAGAGUCAAACAACACCACAGCUGAGUUCCGGCCAGGCAAGUAGUAGCAAGGAACCUGAGGAUAAGGACAGCCAACCAAAAGGUAAGUUGAUGCGUGGAGCUAAAAAGGAUCAGUUCUCCAAGCAAAUCAUAAUGAUAGCCAGAGAGCUAACAUGUAGAUUUUGUCUGUUAAAGGUUAUAAAGGGGGAAGAUGAUAUUGUGGAGCUCUUAUGGAAGAGUGGCCGAGUCGUUCAAAGCAGCCAGACACAGAGACCUUCUUCCGAUCCUCCUCCCAUUCUCCGCGGCAGCGGAAGCGGCGGCGGAGAAGAAGAAGAAAAUGCCCCGCUUCCUCCACCUCCACCUCUGCCUCCCCUGCAUCAUCAAAAUCUCUUCAUUCAAGAAGACGAAAUGUAUUCUUGGCUUCACCAUUCUCACCGCCAAGAUUAUUUAUGCUCCGAACUUCGCUACUCCGGCGUCGCCUCCAAUCCGGCUACUCACCCGCAAAGUUCCAUCUCUCCGGCACCAUGUGCUUUUGCUCCAUACGAUCAGCGGGGUCAGACUAUCGCCACGAGAAGGGUGGAGAACUUUAUGAACUUCUCGUGGCUAAGAGGGAACAUAUUUACUGGCGGUAGAGUUGAAGCUGGACCGUCGAUUUCGGUGGUGAGAGAAUCGAUGCAGUUGGGUUCGAGCACGACCCCUUCGUCUUCAGCCACUGAAUCAUGUGUAAUACCGGCGACAGAAGGCACCGAGAGUCGAGUGUCACAAACUUUUGUAAUUCCUGGUCUUGGUCAAAAGGGAAAGGCGGUGGCGAUUGAAACGGCCGGAACACCAUCUUCAGGAGUGUGCAAGGCCGAAACAGAGCCGGUUCAGAUACAACCAGCAACCAUUGUCGAAAUCCAGGGAACUGAAGAAGCUCGUGGUUCAACGUCUAGGAAGAGGUCAAGAACUGCAGAAAUGCAUAAUCUCGCCGAAAGGAGACGGAGAGAAAAGAUCAACGAGAAUAUAAAGACUCUGCAAGAACUCAUUCCUCGCUGCAACAAGUCUACUAAAGUUUCAACGCUGGAUGAUGCUAUCGAUUCAGAUGUAUCUAGUUUUGCUGAGGUUAUUAGAGUUAUUUUUGGUGUCUAUCAACCAGCGUCUCUGCAGAGUUUGAUGUCUGCAGAUUCAUCUUCUUGGAAGGGUUAUAAAGUUUCUUGGGGGAUAAAUGCAAAUCUUAUAAGUCUCUACUUCGAAACACUGAUGAUGUCGACGGGACAGGGUAUGAUGCCGCCAAUGAUGUAUGCAGGGAAUACGCAACAGUUCAUGCCCCACAUGGCCAAUGAUAUGAACCGGCCUCCGCCAUUCAUACCUAUCCCCGACACACCUUUUCCUAGGCCGGCGCAAAUGGCGGGUGUAGAUCCAUCAUAUCCAGCACCGCGCUACCCUUUUUCCAGCAUUCAAACCUUUGACCCAUCCAGAGUCCAUUUACGAAGUCCGCAGCCUAACCCGGUGUCGAACCAGCCACAGUUUCCGCCUUACAUAAAUCCCUAUAGCCAGUUUGCUGGUCUCCACCAGUUGCAACAACCUCCUCCUCCUCCAUUUCAGAGUCAAACAACAUCACAACUGAGUUCCGGGCAGGCAAGUAGUAGCAAGGAACCUGAGGAUCAGGACAACCAACCAACAGCAUCCACAUCCAUCAUGGGUGAAGAUGAUAUAGUGGAACUCUUAUGGAAGAGCGGCCAACUCGUUCGAACCACCCAAACACAAAGACCUUCCUCCGAUAAACCCUCUUCUCCUCCACCCAUUCUCCGCGGUAGCGGAAGCGGCGGGGGAGAAGAAAAGGCUCCACUUCCGCUUCCGCUUCCGCUUCCACAGCCUCCAUUUCCCCUGCAUCAUCAGAAUCUCUUCAUUCAGGAAGAUGAAUUGUCUUCCUGGCUUCACAAUUUUUACCCCGGCGUCACGUCCACCCCGGCUACUCAUCCCCAAAGUUCUGUCUCCCUGCCACCACCAUCCAAUGCUCCGGGUGAAGAUGAUGUGGUGGAGCUCUUAUGGAAAAGCAGCCAAGUCGUUCAAAGCAGCCAGACACAGAGAUCCAUUCCUCCUCCCAUUUUCCGCGGCAGCGGUGAAGAAACUGCUCUCCCUCCGCCUCCCCUGCAUCCGUCUCAGCAGAAUCUCUUUAUCCAGGAAGACGAAAUGGCGUCUUGGCUUUACCAUCCUCUCCGCCAAGAUUAUCUUUCCUCCGGCGUCACUUCUACUCCGGCUAUUCACCGACAAAGUUCCGUCUCUCUGGCACCACCACCACCCAGUGCUCCGUACGGUCUGAUUACCGCUGCCAGAAGGACAGAGAAUUUUAUGAACUUCUUGAGGCUUAGAGGGAACAUACUUACCGGCGGUAGAGUUGAAGCUGGGCCGGUGGUGAUAGAAUCGACGCAGGUAGGCUCAAGCGCGACCCCGUCGUCUUCAGCCACUGAAUCCUGUGUAAUUACAGCGACUCACGCCACCGAGAGUCGAGCGGCGGUCUUUGGCGGAGUAUCCAGUACUUUUGCAGUUCCCGGUCUUGGUCGGAGGGGAAUGGCGGUGGCGAUCGAGACGGCCGGAACAUCAUCUUCGGGGGUAUGCAAAGCCGAAACAGAGCCGGUUCAAAUACAACCGGAGACUGAGACGGAAAUUUCCGAAGACAGGAAGCGAAAGGAGAGAGAAGAAACCAUUUUCGAAAUCCAGGGAACUGAAGAAGCUCGUGGUUCAACGUCUAGGAAGAGGUCACGAGCUGCAGAAAUGCAUAACCUCGCCGAAAGGAGAAGGAGAGAAAAGAUCAACGAGAAUAUAAAGACUCUGCAAGAACUCAUUCCUCGCUGCAACAAGUCUACUAAAGUUUCAACGCUGGAAGAUGUUAUCGAGUACAUGAAAUCACUACAGAUGCAAAUACAGAUGAUGUCGAUGGGUCAUGGUAUGAUGCCACCGAUGAUGAAUGCGGAGAAUAUGCAACAGUUCAUGCCCCACAUGGCGAUGGGGAUGAACCGGCCUUUGCCAUUCAUACAUUACCCCGGAACAGCUUUUCCUAGGCCGGGUCAUAUGGCAGGUGUAGGUCCAUCAUAUCCAGCAUUGCGCUACCCUUUUCCAAACACACAAGCUUCUGACCCACCCAGAGUCCAAUUCCCAAGUCUGCAGCCUGAUAACCCGGUGCCAAACCAGCCUCGAUUUCCGGCUUACAUGAAUCCCUACAGCCAGUUUGUUGGUCUACACCAGAUGCAACAACCUCCUCCUCCAUUGCAGAGUCAAACAACAUCACAGCUGAGUUUCGGCCAAGCAAGUAGUAGCAAAGGACCUGAGGAUAACCAACCAACAGGUUUUGGGCUUUCGUUUGAAAUUAGGGGUGAAGAUGAUAUAGUGGAGCUCUUUUGGAAGAUUGGCCAAGUCAGUAGCCAGACAGAGAUACCCUCCUCCGAUCCUACUCUCAUUCUCCGCGGCAGCGGAAGUGGCGGCGGAGAAGAAAAUGCUCCGCUUCCGCUUCCGCCUCCGCUUCCGCCUCCUCUGCCUCCAGUGCAUCAUCAGAAUCUCUUCAUCCAGGAAGACGAUAUGUCUUCUUGGAUUCAUCAUCCUCUCCGUCAAGAUUAUUUAUGCUCUAAAAUCUAUGCUUCCACUCCGGCUCCUCACCCGCAGAGUUCCGUCUCUCUGGCACCACCACCAUCCAGCGCUCCCUACGGUCAGAUUAUUAUCGCUCCAAGAAGGGAGGAGAAUGUUAUGAACUUCUUGAGGCUAAGAGGGAACAUAUUAACCGGCGGUAGUGUUGAAGCUGGACCAUGGAUUCCGGUGGGUUCAAGCACGACCACGUCCUUAUCGGCCACUGAAUCCAAUCUAACACCAGCGACCGAGAGUCUAGCAACGGCCACUGUCGGAGUGUACCCCACUUUUGCAGUUCCCAGUCAUGGUGGGACGGAAAAGGCUGCGGUGGCCAUUCAGACGGUUUGCGAGAUCGCCGGAACAUCAUCUUCAGGCGUUGAAACAGAGCCGGUCCGGAUACAACCAGUGACGGAGACGGAUAUUGCCGAUGGCAGGGAGCAAAAGGAGAGAGAAGAAACCAUGGCCGGAAUCCAGGGAACUGAAGAAGCUCGUGGUUCAACAUCUAGGAAGAGAUCACGAGCUGCAGAAAUGCAUAACCUCGCCGAAAGGAGAAGGAGAGAAAAGAUUAACGAGAAGAUAAAGACUCUGCAAGAACUCAUUCCUCGCUGCAACAAGUCUACUAAAGUUUCAACGCUGGAUGAUGCUAUCGAGUACGUGAAAUCUCUAGAGAUGAAAAUACAGAUGAUGUCAACGGGAUGCAGUUCGAUGCCGAUGAUGUAUACGUCGAAUAUGCAACAGUUCAGGCCCCACAUGGCCAUGGGGAUGAAUCAGCCUCCUGCAUUCAUACCUUUCCCUAGGCAGGCUCAUAUGGCGGGUGUAGGUCCAUCAUAUCCACCACCGCGCUACCCUUUUCCAAAUAUUCAGACCUUUGACCCAUCCAGAGUUGGUUUACAAAGUCCGCAGCCUAAUUCGGUGUCGAACCAACUUCAGAUGAAUCCUUAUAGUCAGUUUGUUGGUCACCAUCAGAUGCAACAACCUCUUCCUCCUCCUUUGCAGAGUCAAACAACAUCACAGCUGAGUUUAGGCCAGGCAAGUAGUAGCAAGGUACCUACUGAUCAGAACAACCAACCAACAGGUUAGAAAGAAUCAAGGAAUGGUUACAAGCUUUUCUUGAGUGAUGAGAUAAUGGUCAAGAUUUUGACAGACACAUCUCUAUUGUGUCGUUGCAGGUUGAUGUUAUGGAGUUUUAAAAAAGGGGAUCAGUUCUC